AUGAUGCCAAAGCUGGGCUGUUUCUCCUUUUGGCUAAUGGUCGUGAUCGGAGCCGCGGUGGCCAUCGAAGUUCAGAAAUUCGGCUAUCUAUUCAAUCCACCGCAACCGGAACACCCGCAGCAUCACGAGGAGAAGCAAGACCUGAACAAGAUACCCGGAGUUCCGGGCGUGGACUAUCCGGUUUACCAUGAGGUGCCGCACACCCACUUCAAUUGCCACAAUGUGCCGGCCACUCCGGGAAUGUACGCCAAUGUGGAGACGGGCUGCCAGGCGUACCACGUGUGCCACGAUGGACGCGAAGGUGACCAGGGUGCCAAGUUCCUCUGCACCAACGGCACCAUCUUCAAUCAGAAGGAAUUCGCCUGCGAUUGGUGGUACAAUGUCAAGUGCGAGGAGGCCACCAACUUUUACCACUUGAAUGCCGAUCCGGAGCACAAUCCCUACUUUCCCAAAAAGAAGCCUGAGCUGGAACCCUAUGCUAAUGAUAUUCAUGAUGCUAGCAAGUUUCUGAUACAAGCUUAAAUUUAUUUGUAUUCUCAUUUUGUUCUUGUUGUUCCACAUCUAGUAAAUAAA